ACGUGAUCGAUGAGUAAUUCUCUGCCUAGCUUGCAGUCACAAAACGCCUCCUCAUCUUCGGCUUUGUCCAACCUCCUCUUCCCUCCACAUCUAAACCACAACCUUCUGGAAACCAUCAGAACUACAGCAGCUAAUCAAGAACUUUCGCAGCCGUAGCUCCUGCUACUUCUGCUACCUGCCAACGCCUCGAAACUUUGGCUAGUGACACUCCAGCUCUAGAGCCAUCGUGCCCGGUCGCACGUCGUAUCGUAAUCGCGCAUAGACCACCUACCUUCACUUUUAUUCACCAUUAUCGUAGCUUCGCUUCUGUUGGUCGAGAAAGUGAAGAGCAGAGCGUAGCAGUAGACGCAAGAUCUCUCAUCUGCUCCACUCCACAUUUGAUUGCAUGAACUGAGCUAUCGCCGCAAUCUUGUUUCUCCCGUCAUGUCUUCCGCAGUAGCAGAACUAGAAGCUGGCUUGCAAGCCAUGCUGUCGUUGAAGCCUCCAGGAGUGUCGGGUUCUCGAAUCCAAAGUAUCACAGCGCUCUGCACCGCAAACGUUCAGUCCGAAUCGGUACUCAUCCAGAAGCUGUACACUCAUUUCAAGAAAGCCCCCGGAACCCACAAACUUGGCGUGCUAUACGUCGUAGACUCUGUGACGAGAAAGUGGACAGAACAAGCUAAGAGUGCUGGACAGCCUAUAAACAGUUCUGCCCAGGAUGGAACCUAUGCUGCUGGUGUUCAUAGAGUAAAGGAACUGCUUCCCGUCCUGAUGAACGAUAUUAUUUUGUCUGCCCCCGGUGAUCAAAAGGAAAAAAUCAGAAAGCUCGUUGAUAUCUGGGAGAAAGGCCAAACAUUCCCCUUGCAAAUGCUCACUACAUUCAAGGAGAAAUUGAACGUCCCACCGCAAAAUCAAUCAACUACCCCUCCGGGAAGUCCUCCCGCAGAUCUUCAAAAAACUCUUGGACUCCAACAGAUGCCUGUAUCAAAUCCAGCCCCAGCUGCCCGUAACACCUCCUCGAUCUUGGAGGCUCUUGCCAACAUGGCUCGACAAAACAACACUGCUCCCCCAGCGAAUCCCACCCCCCCAAAGGAUAGUCAAUACAAUGUAUCAAAUUCGCAGAGUAAUCCUGCUCUUUCAGCCUUCAAUCAGGGCAUUCCGUUUCCAGCAAUUCCACCGCCUGUAAACGUGCCAGCCGCAGCGGCCACCUUUGCUUCUCAAGGAAUGAGUAAUGGUGCUCAGAACUUUGCCAGUAAUCAAACAAAUCCUUUCGCAAUUGCUCCGCCGAUAGCCCCGCCUUCUGCUCUCGAUCCAAAUGUCCAACAGCAGUUGAUGUUGAUAAAGGCAUUGUCAGACCAAGGCUUUACUCCUGACAAGAUUGCUGGUAUUAUUGCUGUUAUGGGUAAUCAAGCACCUCCAAUGAUGAGUGCAGGAACACUCCCACCGCCACCUCCGCAAUUCACGGCCCAGAAUUCAAGCCCAAAUGCUCAGAAUGGUUGGGGUGCGAGACCAGAAGAAUCACGUGACCGCAAUGGAACUGGAAAUGGCUACCACGAGGCUGCGAGAUCACCCCCUGGUCGGUACCGCCGUCGUUCGCGAUCUCGCUCGCCUCCUCCUGCAUGGAACACUCGCGACUCUCCUGCUUCACGUCGUCGAGACGAGCCCAACUAUGAAUAUGGCCGAGACUCGCCGGGCCGAAGCCGGGGUGAUGAUCGCGGCCGUGGCCGAGGACGUGGUAAUGACUAUCGGCAACGCAGUCCUCCCCGCCGUGGUCGUAGCCCAUCUCCUCCAACAAGGCCCAAUGGUGCUGCUAGCAAAUGGAUAGGUCAUGACCCUACCAUCCCCAAAGGAAGUAUUAAAGUGCUCAGCCGAACUCUCUUCGUUGGUGGUGUCACGUCCUCUGAACAAGAACUGAGAAAUGUCUUCGAGCGCUUUGGCAAGGUGCAGACUUGCAUUGUCAACAAGGACAAGCGCCAUGCCUUUGUCAAGAUGAUUAGCCGCGCCGAUGCUGUUGCUGCAAAGGAAGCAAUGGAGAAGAAUAGAACUCCGGACUCUCCGUUGAGGACGCGAUGGGGUGUAGGAUUUGGCCCUCGUGAUUGCAGUGACUACCAGACUGGCGUCAGCGUGAUCCCAACUAGCAAGCUCACUGAUGCUGAUCGCAAGUGGAUGCUGACUGCUGAGUAUGGCGGCAGCGGUGGAAAGCCCAUUGAAUCUGGCAUGGUCGUUGAAGAGCCAGAUAUCGAAAUCGGUCAAGGUGUCUCUUCAAAGGCAAUCAGUCGUCGGAUGCAAACUGACAAGGGUGGCAAUAACGGCCCCAAGUCAAGUCGGGAACGCGAUGAGGAGGAGACUGAUCGUCACCGUCGAGGAGGCAAUCAGAAUAAUCGACGAGACGAUGACCGCCGUGAAGAAGACCACAAGGAUAGACCUCAAGCACCUCCUUCAAUGCCCCCAGUUCCUGCCUUCGGGAUGCAGAACCCUUUCCCAUUUCCUUUCCCGAAUGGUAUGCCCAUUAUGCCUCCUGGCUUCACCUUCCCGGGUCAGACAGCAGCACAACCAGCACACCGUCCUCCACCCGGACAUCGCAGCUGAAUCUCUGCAAAUCUAAUCAUUCAACCUUCACAAGAGUCUACUUGACCAGAGACAUCCGGAGCUACAGCAAUUCCUUUCCUCUCGUUCGUCAUUCCCUGCAUAGCAAUGGUGUUGGCGUUAAAAUACCUUAUGGGAUGCAUAUGGCUUGGGCGAGAAUCUUGGCGGAUCUGGAGCAUGCAGAAUGAAUCAUCAUCUGUCUCAUCGAUGCUGCUCGUAAUUUGAGCCAGCAUGCUUCACUGUAUAUCAGCAAAAAUCGUCAGUCGCGGGUCUUUACGGCACGAGAGACACGACUUCGGAGUUCCAACUCCAAAUCCCUCUCGCUGUUCUGAGACUGACGUCUACAUAGCCUUUCCUAAUGAAAAUGACCAUAAAAUGACUCUUCACCUUGCAUUUGAUGUGACCCGAAGAAUUG